AUGGCGCCAGUGUUGCAGAGCUCGCAACAAUGGGUUGAAAAAUAUCGACCCAAGCAAGUAAAGGACGUAGCUCACCAAGACGAGGUCGUUCGGGUUCUCACAAACACUCUCGAGACCACAAAUUGUCCACACAUGCUAUUUUAUGGCCCACCUGGUACUGGAAAAACCACCACUGCGCUUGCCAUUGCACAUCAGCUUUUCGGGCCUGAGCUCUACAAGUCCAGGGUACUGGAGCUUAAUGCUAGUGAUGACCGUGGUAUUAAUGUAGUUCGGACAAAAAUAAAAAAUUUUGCUGCUGUUGCUGUAGGUUCUGGUCGUCAAGGGGGUUAUCCUUGCCCACCUUACAAGAUUAUCAUCCUAGAUGAGGCAGAUUCAAUGACGGAAGAUGCUCAGAAUGCCUUGCGGCGUACAAUGGAAACUUACUCCAAAGUUACAAGAUUCUUUUUCAUUUGUAACUACAUCAGCAGGAUCAUAGAGCCACUUGCUUCUAGAUGUGCAAAAUUUAGAUUCAAGCCACUUACAGAAGAAAUCAUGAGCAGUCGUAUAUUGCACAUUUGCAAAGAGGAAAGCCUCAAUCUGGAUUCAGAGGCUCUUUCAACUUUAAGUUCCAUCUCGCAAGGUGAUCUUCGUCGGGCAAUAACUUACUUACAGGGAGCUGCUCGUUUAUAUGGAUCAUCAAUUUCAUCCAAGGACUUAAUUAGUGUAUCUGGGGUAAGUUAA